AUGAGCCAAGGUUCGUCCAGCGACGAAUCAGGCCAAUCAUGCUUUUACAGGUUCCAAGGAUUCGGCAGUCAGGCCGGAGCUUUGCCAAAGAAGGACAAGGCAGCUGAGCCUUGCCAUCGCAUCGACAACUGGUUAAGGAUCUGUAUUGGUAUUGUGCCACGUGUUGCCGUUUCAUUCCGUUCCCAGGCUGCGGAGAUGAAUUUGAUCGAGGUUCCAAGAGAAGCAAGGGUCUCUAACCCGUGGUUUGAGAUCUCGUCGUGCGCUCUGGUAAUGGUGAUCGACGAGAGGAGGUCUCUAGGAAUGGUAGAAUCGAGUAUCGCAAUGACGCCUUUUGCGCCCCCUGACUUGUCUCAACGGAAAACACAAACAUCGAGGGACUUUCUUCAAAACUUGCAGCCGGCUGGAAGCGCAACAGACUCGACUGCGAGCGGGUCGACACAGAGGACUCAGGUCACAGGAUUGCAAAAGAAGGCAAAUGGAAAUAUUCAAGAAGACGCUGAUGGACUGGAAUCCCAAGUCACCCCGAUGACGCCCGCCUUGAUCCUCCAGGUUCUCGAGCUCGUGGCGGCCAAGGCCAUCGCCAAGGAGGUGAAACCUUUUUUUCGGAAUAUAUUUAUCGAAUUGGCCUUUUUGGGAGGAAGAGACGCGGCUCAAGAGCCAAGAAACAGAACCCGCCUGCUUCAGUGCCAGUUCACGAAGUCAGUGUCAACAGGCCGUGCUCGAUCCAGCAAGUCCAUCCUGCCGUUGAGAAUACGAGCCGACGAGGGAAUGAUGACCCAAGUUCGGGCCGUUUCCUCCAAGGGAACCUAA